AUGGCAGAGGCGCAGGGGCCCCUGGAGCCGGCUCUGGCCCCGGCUGCCGAAGAAGAAGGAGAAGAGGUGCCAGGGAAAGGCGGGAACGAGAGCGGAGCUGCGGCAGAAGAGAAGGGAAAGGAGGAGACCAAGGCGGUCCCGGUUGCCUCCGCUUCUGAGCAGGACGAAGCUCAGAACCGGCCGCCCGACGAGUCAGACCCGGGCGAAAGAGAGGUCGAAGGGGGGAACCAGGAGACCGGCGCCGCCGCCACCGCCGCCACCACCAGCAGGAGCCGCGCCGGCAGCCACCCACAGCCGGGGGACGCAGAGACGACCCUGGACGGAGAGGCAACUCCGGAGGUUGAGAGGAGCGGAGAAGGGGGCGAGGCGAGCGCGGCUGAGCGAGCCGGAGAGCAGGACGCAGCCCCGGCCGGAGAGAGUCCGAGCGCCGAGGGCGCAGCCGACGCAAUGUACACACAUGUGCAGGACUUUGGCCUAUGUGGAGAAGCGGGCGAGAGCCCGAGCGACGGCGAAGCGCCGCCGCCCGACGGCGAAGUCAGCGCUGAAGGGCGAGAGCGCGUGACGGAGGAGAGCGGCCCCGGGCAGGGCGAAGCGAAGGUCCAAGGCGAGGAGCAAGAAGAGCCCGCCGGGGAUGAGACGGUCCCGGGAGAAGGGGACCGAAAGGAAGAGCCCGAGGGGGCUGCGCUGGAGGAGAAAGAGGCCGAGGAGGAGGAGCAGGGCGACGAAGCCGUCGGUGGGGAAGGAGAGCAGGAGCUGGCGGCGGCUCCGUCGGGAGAAGAAACCGCCGGGGGAGACCGUCCGUCAAGCGAUGCCCAAGUGGAAGGACGCCCCGCCGAGGAGGAAGGGGCUGCGGAGGCGAGAGACCCGAGGGAGGAAACCGAACCCGACGGAGCGGAAGCCCCCGGAGAUCGCGAAGCCAGGGCGGUGGAGGGGUCUCCGGAGGAGGGCACGAGCCCCGGCGAGAGGGAGGGGCCGAGGAACUAG